CUUGAAAUGAUGAGUUAUGAAAAAGCAUGCCUUGUAUUUAAUGUACCUUGGGCAGGGGUAUCUCGGAAACUAAAGCAUUUCUUUGGGAUUUUCUUCUUUACUAUUAUCUUAACCCUUUAAACUUUUGACAACGUGAAGGCAGGGUAAUCGUUGCCAUAGCAACAGGACGCCAUUAGGCAGCAGAAGAAAACCUCUAACCUCAAAUAGAAAACUACAACCGGAGCACAACACGAAGAGGAAACUGCGUCGAAGAUGCCGGUGCUAGUAACGGACUACUUGUGGACACAGACGGAUUCCGCGGUCUGGUUAACUGUGCCACUAAAAGGAACGAAAGUUAGUAACGUGGACAUCCUGUCUACGGAUGAAUACCUGAAGGUGCAUUACCCACCGUAUCUGUUUGAAGCCUUCCUAUUUGAACCUGUUGAUGAUGAUAGAAGCACUGCAAAGGUCGGAAAUGGAGUUGCAGUUUUUAGUAUGCCAAAGAGAACCAAUAAAGUCUGGGAGCAUCUGAUGACAACUACAAAUGAUAAAGAAAAGAAGGAGGUCAGAGAAAGGUCUCUAUUGAAGUACCAGGAGAAGCUCUCUGCACAGUCCAUAUCAAAGGCAAAGAAACAGCAUGCAGAUAAGAAAUAUGCACUGGAGAGAAUGAUGAAGCUUGAAAAGGAGAAAAAAGACGGUAUCCAGAAAAUCAAGGAGAAAGAGCGAGAGAAAAGCACAGCAGAGUUGACAGCAUGGAAACUGAGACAAAAACAAAGAGCAGAGCAAGAAGACCAACUCAAAGAUCACAGUCAGGGACAGAGUCGAGACGGACUACAAAGCAUGACAGAGAAGCAGGAAAAUGCCUGUUCUCAUGGAGCAAGUUGCAAACGGGAUCUGAAAAGUGACAGUGAAGCAAAGAGCAAGAGCAAAAAAAAGGACCUCCCUGCUCCGAGACUCGUUGGAAACAUCCAAGUCACAUUCACCCCGCGGCUUUUUCUAACAGCCCUGAGGGAAACAAGAGUGAUAGAGGAGGAAGAGUGGCUCAAACAACAAGCUGAAGCCAGGCGUACCGGGAAUGCAGAUGUAGAAGAGCUGGAGGACCUGAAGAGGGAGGAGAGGAAUCCUGAUUGGUUAAAGGACAAAGGGGACAAAUGUUUUAUGACUGGUGACCACCUGGGGGCAGUGAACGCGUACAGCCUGGCUAUCCGGCUAAACAGAAAGAUCCCAGCUCUAUAUUCAAACAGGUCUGCCUGCCAUCUGAAGUUAAAAAACCUUCACAAGGCCAUUGCGGACUCCUCUCAGGCACUUGAUCUGUUAAUUCCACCAGUUUGCGCCAAUGCAGCAGCCAGAACCAGAGCCCAUGUCCGCCGAGGAUCUGCCUUCUGCCAGCUACAGCUCUACGCAGAAGGCCUACACGACUACCAAGCUGCUCUAAAGAUUGACCCUGACAACGAAGCGUUGCAAGCAGACACGCAGAGAAUCAGAGAAAUUAUUCAAGGCACUGCAGCGAGCCACUAGUCACAGUGAAACACAAGCUGCUGUGAAUAUGGAAUAUGGAUGUAUAUUGUUGCUGUUAUUUGUGUGUUACCCAAAGCUCUAUUUAAUGAAAGGAAAAAAACAUAUCUGCAACCCUUAAACCAUAGUUUAAGACUGUUGAAUCCCUGUUGUAUUCAUUGUGCUACAGACUACAUACCUAUGUCACUGCGUCACACUGAUGAAUAUGAUAUGAUGAGAGCGCAUAGGAAAGACUCCAUCAGUGUGAGCAGAACACCCUUGAAUUGACAAAACUAUACAAUGCUCUAAACCAAGAGGAGACUUCUUCAGAACGGUUGGCAGUGAAGACGACAGAGGCAGUUUGCAUUGCAGCGAGAGAAAGAGAAUCAGACCUUCAUAGUAUAACACCCGACCAUACUGCCUGCGUGAGCAGCACAAGACGGCUGUUUUAAUGUUGCAAACCUUAUCUACCUUAUCUAUGAACAGUAAUAAAAUACUACAUACUUCCAGUUCGUUUCCUCGGACCACAUGCCAAACUGCGCUUUCAUUUUGAUCUACACUACACACAAGUGUCAUGACAAAGUUAUACUAAUUAGUGACAUCUGACCACAAACAAGCAUGAAAGCAAGUAGAGUAAAUAAAAAUGGUGGUAGUUUAGACCAUGUUUGGAUUUCAAUGGCUGAAGAAAUUCUGUUGGGUAAUUCAACAAUGAAGUUGGGGUGGAAGGGACAAGGAGCUCCAUGCCCACGACCGUGAUUUAUUUAAGUAAACAUCUAAAAUGAAGCAGAGCAUUUAGCCACUGUUACAGUUCAGUCAGUCUUGUUCUAUACUACUGAUCAUUGUCAUCCACUGAAACUCAAUGUUUGGUGAUUCUCAAGUUAUCAAGUAGCCCAAUAAAAUGGGUAUGAAAAUUUACGCAGAUUAAAACACACCAAAACAAUUAUAAUCUAUGAAUAAAAUAAUCAUAUAAAACAGUUAUAUUUGUAUUAUUAUUAUGCAUCUCUACAGCAUUUCAAGGGCAAAGUAUAAGCUUGCGUACUGUGUGUAUUGUUCCUUAUUUAUAUUUAAAAGGCAAUCCACAUUUUAUGUUCACUGUAUUAUGUUAUAAAAAGUUAAAAUAA